GUAUUAUCGUGUGGUGGUCUGGUGGAUGAAGCAGCAUUUUAUGACCGCGUAGUUAAACUAACCAGUUUUCUAACCUAAAAAAUAUUUUUUUUUAAUGUUCAAAAUGCCAAAUCUAUUAAAGAAAUGUGAUAUUCAUAAAACUACACCUGUAGGAAUAGAUAAAAUAUAUUGUGAUAAAGUUUUAAUUAUGAUUUUCAUUCUAAUCACGUGCAUCAAAGCUCUUUUAAUCCCAACAUACCAUUCUACAGAUUUUGAAGUUCAUAGAAAUUGGCUAGCAAUCACUCACAGUUUAGCGGUAACCGAAUGGUAUACAAAUAAUAAAUCACAAUGGACAUUAGACUACCCACCAUUCUUUGCUUGGUUCGAGUAUGCGUUGAGCACAGUAGCUUAUUAUGUUGAUCCAAACAUGUUGAAAAUUGACAAUUUUAACUAUGCCUCUCACAAAACAAAGUUAUUUCAACGUUCAACUGUCAUUUUUAUGGAUAUAGUUUAUGUUUUCGGUGUAAGAGAAGCAGGUUACACUUUUUGUAAAACUAAUCAAAGCUUUUUAAUGCUGGCAUUGUUUUCUCUGUGUAAUAUAGGAUUGCUUGUUAUUGAUCACAUACACUUUCAGUACAAUGGGUUUCUUCUCGGCAUAUUACUUAUAUCGAUAGCAAAAGCAGCUAAAAUAAACACAGAGAAUGAAGUUUUACUUGGAGCUAUAUUUUUUACAAUAUUGUUGAAUUUGAAACAUCUCUAUUUGUAUGUUGCACCAGCAUUUGGUGUUUGGCUCUUAAAAAGCUAUUGUUUCAAAAAUAGAUAUUUUGUGUUUAGACUAGUAAAAUUAAGUAUAAUUGUGAUUUUCAUAACAUUCCUGUCUUUUGGGCCAUUUAUGAGUCAAUUACCACAGGUUUUGUCUAGAUUAUUUCCUUUCAAAAGGGGAUUGCUGCAUUCAUAUUGGGCUGCUAAUGCAUGGAGUCUAUAUGCAGGUGUUGACAAAUUAUUGAUUGUGAUAUGGAAAAAAUUAGGAUGGUUAGAUAACAUUAAAAUAGGUUCAAUGACUGGUGGUUUGGUGCAAGAGGAUUCUUUCACAAUUCUCCCAACACCAACACCAUUCACCACGUUUCUCAUCACGUUUAUAUCCAUGAUUCCAGCUUUAUGGAAUUUAAUUUUUUCUAAAAAUAAGUAUUUGUCAAAAAAAUUCGUAAGAUGUAUUGUUUUGUGUGGACUGAGUUCAUUUCUGUUUGGUUGGCAUGUACAUGAAAAAGCUAUUCUUACUGCUAUCAUACCAUUAUGUAUUCUUGCUGCAACUGAUGCAAAAGAUAGUAGGGUAUUUACUCUACUAAGCUCAGCAGGCCAUACAUCACUUUUUCCUCUAUUGUAUCCAAUAGAACUAUCAGGAUUAAAAUUUGUUUUGUGGUUCACGUAUUUGAUUAUGCUUGCAUCUCUACUGCAAGAACAAUUUAAAUCAACAAUUUUACCUGACUAUGAAUUAUCUUAUAUAGCAGCUCUUCCUCUGAUUACAUUGUAUGACAUUGUAAUUCAUAAGAUAAUUUUCGGUGAUAAAUUACCAUUUUUACCAUUAGCAUUAACAUCUAUUUACUGUGCACUUGGAGUUAGCUACUCAUACCUUAUUUAUUAUUAUGAAUAUCUGCAUGAUAAUAAAAAGACAAACAAUAAACAAAAAAAAAUUAGAUAAACAUAAUAUUAAUAAGAUUG